AUGUCCAACGGCCGGUGCGCCGCCGCCGUGGCCGCCGCCGACGCAGACCAGCGCCUCAGCUGGCCGCGCGCGCAGCAGCGCUGCCGAGACCUGCGCGGACACCUGGUCAGCGUCGCCUCCUCCGCCGCGCAGCUGCGCCUCGACCGCCUGCUGCGCGCCACGCACAGCGAGGACGCUGACGUGGCCUACUGGAUAGGCGCCACCGACCGCACGCUGGAGGGGGACUUCCACUGGAGCGACGGCCAGCCCUUCCAGUAUUCCAACUGGUUCCCGCAGCAGCCCAACGACGACGCGCUGGCCGAGCAGAACUGCGUGGAGGUGCGGCGCUCGCUGGCCGGACACCGCGACCGCUCCUUCCGCUGGAACGACCGCUCCUGCGCCGUCCGCAACGCCUUUGUCUGCCAGCGGCGGCGCGACACUCCCAAGCAGCAGGCGGGCGGCGCAGACACGGAGGCGGCGUCGGCGGCGGCGUCGGCGUCGGCGUCGUGCCGGCGGUCGGUGCGGCUGUCGAGGGAGGCGCCGCGCGCCACUGCCUCCUCCCCCGGCUUCCCCCGCCACUACCCGGACAACGCCGACUGCUUCGUCGACGUCGCCGCCCCGGACGGCUACCGCAUCGUCGUCGACUUCGAGGAACUCGUCCUCGAAGACGAACCCACAUGCAGCUACGACUACCUGCAGAUCCUGGAGCGAGUGGGAAACAGCAACAGCAGCGUAGCGACGCGACGCCUCUGUGGAGACUGGAGCUCUCGCCUCAAGAAGCUGCGCUACGUCAGCCAGGGUCCCGCCCUGCAACUCAGGUUCUUCUCCGACUACUCGCACCACUACAGCGGCUACAAGGCGCGCAUCUCCAUGGAACAAGGAUGGCCAGACUGCGCAGACGAGCGGCUGCAGGUGUUCAACAGCUCGUGCUACCUGUUCGUCAGCUACCCGCAGGUCUCGUGGCAGACAGCCAGGCAGACCUGCCAGGACAGGAAGGCGGAGCUGGCGAGCAUCGGCAGCCCUGAGGAGCAGAGCUUCGUGACUGCGAGCAUCCGCAACUCGCCGGAGUACAGCACGGCCGCCGUGUACUGGCUGGGAGGGCGCGCCGUCCCUGCCACCAACCCCUCCAGGGGGCGCGGCGCAUGGAUCUGGGCAUGGGCCGACGGCACGCCCAUCUCCUACUCCGGCUGGCUGCGGGACCAAGAACACACGCCGCAGUCGGGCGCGUGCCUGGGUCUGCAGUGGGUGAGCUCGCCCAACCCGCAGGUGCCCAGCGGCCUCUACUGGCAGCGGCAGCGGUGCUCCGCCGUGGGCGGCUACGUCUGCAAGAGGAGCAACCAAGUGACGGAGGGCGGCGUGCAGCUGAACCGGACGGUGAACGGCACGGAGGGCUUCCUCACGUCGCCCAACUUCCCGGGCGGCUACGGGCCCAACCUGGACUAUUGGGUGCGGCUGGCGGGCCCCGCGGGCUCGCGGCUCGUGCUGCGCUUCACGCGCCUCGACCUGGAGCCGCAGCAGGACUGCCUCUACGACUACAUCGAGCUGCGCUCCCUGCUGCCGCAGCCCGCCACCGGCGACGACGACGCCGACGCCGAGCGCGCGCCGGAUUCGCGCGUCGUCCGUUGCGGCCGACACGACGACGCCGACCUGCACAGACUGAACUUCGUGUCGGAGAGCAACGAGGCGCUGCUGCACUUUCACUCGGACUACUCGGUGUCCGGAGGAGGGUUCUCGGCGUCGUGGCAGGCGGUCGACGUGUCGGGCUGCCCCUUGCAGACGCUGACCGCGCGCGAGGGCCGCCUCACCAGCCCCAACUACCCGCACUUCCUGCUGGCGCAUCUCGACUGCGCUACCACCAUACUGGCGCCAGCGGGAAGACGCGUAUGGUUGGAGUUCUCGGAGUUCUCGAUCGGCGCCGGCGAGGCGCUGCUGGAGGUGGACCUGGGCGGCGGGCAGGCGGCCUUCCAGCCGUUCCAGUCUCCCACGCACCUCACCGACGGCGUCUUCCUCUCCGUGGGCGAGCGCCUCCAGGUGCGGCUGCGCACCGCCGACCGGCCCUCUGGCGCCGGCUUCAGCGCCGUCUACAGGACAGUGGGCGCGGCGCUGGAGCGUCGCGUGCUGCGGCUGGCGAGCGGCGCGGUGGGCUCUCUGCUGCACCUCAACUGGCCGCGGCCGCCGCCCCCGCACGUCGACCUGGCCACGCUGCUGGUGGCGCCGCCCGCGCACACCAUCCUGCUCGAGCUGCACCACGUCGCGCUCGCUCUCGCGCCCACCCCCGCCGCCGACGCCGCGCCCCCCGCCUCCGGCACCGCCGACGCCGCCACCCCCUCGUGUCCCGACGGUGCAGGGAUACUCGAGGUGCGGGACAGCUACGCAGACAGCAACGGCACGGCGUGGCUGCUGUGCGAGGCGCAGAACGUGCCGCCGCUGGCCAUCGCCUCCUACCUCAACACGCUCACCGUCCGCCAGCGAGGGGCGGACGCGGGCGUCACCCUCAACGCCACGGUCCGCGUGCAGCCCGACGCCAACUACAAGCUGAAGCUGCUGCGAGGUUCUGAGGACGGCAGCGUGGAGUCGUGCAACCCCAGCCCCUGCCUCAAUGGAGGCCGCUGCCUCAGCAGUGGCAACCGCCACUCCUGCCAGUGUACCAGCCACUACACAGGCAUGUUCUGCGCGCUGACGCUGUGCGAGCUGGAGCCCUGCCUGCACGGGCAGUGCCGGCUGACGGAGACGGGGUACGCCUGCCACUGCCAGCCCGGCUUCACGGGCGCCACCUGCGACCGCAAGCAGCGGCCGUGCGCCGACAACCCGUGCGAGGGCCGCGGCGAGUGCCUGGAGCGCGGAGACGCCUUCCACUGCCGCUGCCACGCCUGGUGGGAAGGACAGAGGUGCGAGCGGCGGAUGAUGCACAUCCCGUUCAAGCCGCUGUCGGAGCGGAUGCUGCAGGAGCCGUUCUGGCUGGGGCUCAUCACUGUGACGGUGGUGCUGCUGCUGAUCGGGCUGGUGUGGUGCGCCAAGCGGCACUUCCCGGAGAAGCUGGAGAAGCUGCUGGCCGAGGAGGCCGACCGCAGUCGCAGUGUGCACUCGCGGCCGCCGUCGGUGCGCGACCAUCUGGCGGGAGCCGGCGCCGCCGCCGUCGUCGUGGUGCCGAGCCCGCAGCCCGGCUGCCCUCGCUCCCUGCUAGGCCGCCUGGGUAUCCGAAAACCUUCGCUCCUAAGCCUCACCAGCCCACACGGCUACAACAGUCACCCAUCUGCUGCCACAGCAAGAACCUUUAGUUUGGACGAUUUGCUUAAACCACCACCCAGAAGAACCCCUUCGCCUCGUAAGAAGCGCAACAACUCGACACCGACCAAGAAGAACGCGGCGGAGAAGAAGCAGAUCCUGCAGCAGCUGAUCAACCAGCAGCCGUCCCGCAAGGUGAGCAUCGGGGAGCUCAUCCAGCUGAGCGAGCGCAAAGCCCAGGAGCAGCAGCAGCAGCAGCACGCGGGCGCCAGGGAGGCCGAGACCGCCUUCGGCAGCACGGAGGGCACCCCUGACUCCGGCGCCAUCAUGGACGCCAAGCUGGAGAAGAAGGUGACGUUCGCACGCUUGUUGAGCAAAGUGUCGGCGGAGAUGAGCUCCGGAGCUGCGGCCUCUGGGAGCAACGGCGCCUCUGGAGCAGCAGCUGCGUCCCUGCCGCGCUCCGCCAGCAGUCCUCACAGCACCAGCAGCACACAGGGCAGCGACUCCGUGUCGAGCGCGGAGGUGUCUCGGCGGCGGGCGUCGGGCCCAGCGGCCACAGGAGCGCCGCCGUCGGCCGACGCCAUCCUGGCCAUGUUCCGCACAUUCGCGCGCGCGCCCACACCCUCCACGGCCUCCAGCCCGCAAGACGACGACGACGACGCCUCCUCCACCACCUCGUCCGUGCCCUCCUCCAGCCUCACGGUGGAGUCGCCGCCGCCGUCGAUGCGCAACACGAUCGAGGUGCCGGUGCUGGACGCGCUGUCGCCGCACCGCGGCUCCUCCAACCUGCUGCACCCGCCCAGCAUCCUGCUGGAGCUGCCCGCCAAGUGCCUGUCGCCCAUCACGGAGAUGCCGACGCCCGUGCCCACGCCCAUCAUGUCCCGCCACGGCUCCUGCGCCGCGCUGCCCGCCAUCACCCUCACCCCCAACGAGCACGACGACGCAGAGUCGCCGCCCCCGCAGCAGCGCCGCCAGAUGCUCAAGGAGCUGGACAAGCCCGCCUCCCUGGACCUGCCGUGCCCGCCGCCCAUCAUCACCGUCACCUGCAACCUUAGCGACCCCGACUCGGACGACGACGACGACGACGACGACGACGUGGGCGCGGGCGCGAGGCGGCGGCGGCCCGCGUCCGCGGCGAGCGCGGGGGGCGGCGGGGGCGGCGGCCCGUCCGGGCUGGCGCCGGCCGUGGCGCCCUCCAUGUGCUACCUCAGCCCCUUCUCCAUGUGCUCGCGCGCCGACCGCACCGCCUCCGAGUCCAACCUCAGCUCGUCCGGCUACAGCUCCAUGGCCAGUCCGGGCCCGUCGCGCUGCGGCUCCAACAACCCGCUCUGUCCCAGCGAGACGGACGAGCCGCCGCCCCCCGGCCCCGGAGGCCCCGCGCCGCCCUCCUCGGGGCAGACGUCGGCGCGGCGCGCGUCGCCGCUGCUGCUGCUGCCGCCCGCCGGCUCGCAGGCGCCGCCCACGACGCAGCUGCGCCACCUGCACACGCAGCACGACGCCGCCGCCCUCGUCCUGUCUCCGGACGCAGACGCCGGCGGCGACGGCACGCCUCCCGCAGGCGCCAGCGGCGCCGCCCCCACCGCGGCUGCGGGGGCGGUGGCGGGCACCUGCACCACCGCCGGGGGCGGCAACGGCACCGCCACGGGCGCCGGGGGCGGCGCCUCCCCCGGCGAGGCGGGCUGCCCGCGCGCGCGCUCCGACUCGGAGACGCUCUCGGACGACAUCUUCCUCGAGUCCAACGACGAGGGCAUCGGCACCGACCACAUCGACGAGAAGAUCGAGGAGGGCGAACUCAAGAGCGCCAAGGAGCUCGAGGUGUUCAUCGGGAAGGAGCUGGUGGAGUCCGGGAAGACGCUGCUGGGGCUGAGCGCGAGCCGGUCGUCGCUGCAGCUGCCCAGCAUCGUGGUGCACGGCCAGGAGCAGUCGCCGUCGCCCGUCAGCUCGCGCAGCGACAGCCCGCUCAGCGAGAAGGCCGCCAACAGCCUCGCCCUCGGCCUCGUGGGCUCCGGAAUCGCCAGGCUGACGCGCGGCGAUUCGGACGGCCUCUACGAGUGCGCCACGGCCGGCGCGCACGCCACAGAGCUGCGCCCCAGGAGAUCCGGCGGUCGCCGCCACCGGCACCGCAGCGGCGCCCAGCCGGGAUGCUCGACGUCGCCCGCGCAGCCGCUGGCGCAGCCGCUGCCGUCGCUGCCGCCGCGCGCCAAGAGUCCAUUGCCGGAGCUGCUGGACGUGCCGCUGAGGGAGCGACGCAAGCAGAGCCCCAAGCGCGCGCGCACGCGCGUGUCACAGCUGCCCGCCUCCACCUCCUCCUCCUCGGAGAGCCUCGACUCCGCCAGGGAGAUGACGCUGCGGCUGUCGUCGUCGGAAAAGGCGCUGUGCCCGGAGAGGCAUUGCUGGUCUGGCGGCUCCUUUGAUGAGGGCCGGCGCUUGUCCAUAGAAGCUUCCGGCGAAGACACGGGAGAGGAUGUAAUGAGCCAGAUGUUGCCUAAGACCUUGCUCAGAGGGGAAGACUUGCCUAAGUCCAGUAAGAAGAUCAGUCGACUACGUACUAUCGGUCAUCAGAUUAGAUUCCUGCGACGUCUAGAGCAGAGCUUGAAGCGGCGUGAGUGUCUGGUGAGCCCGUCGGACAGUCUGGAUGAAGAGGAACCUCCACUGUUGCACAAAAGUAGCAGCUAUGGACAGUUGCAGGCAAGCGGCCAUGGGCACCACCGCAACCGCCGGCUGCGCCGCCAAGGUGGUUUGCUGGUGCCACAACUACGAGUCACCAGUGCCAGUGGUGGGCACAGCAACUGAUGUGAUGGGGCAGACUUAAAACUGCUUAUGCACAUCACCUAACAGCAUAUAAGUGAUGUGGCAAUAUACAAUUGCACAAAUGGUGCCACUGAUUGUGGACAGCAGCACCAACCAUUUAUAAAGCAUCUGAAGCGACAGUGCAGAGGCAGGCAUCUCGUGCUAUGUUGGGGGUUUCCAGUGCCUCUGAAAGACAUAGUAAUGAUACAGGAUGUGUCUCCUACAUUUAACCAGAACAUCUCCACCAGCACAAAGCAUCACAUUGGUGUAAUGACACAUGGAUAGACAAUGGCAGACCAGUUAUAGAAUAGUGGCAUCAGUAAUGGACAAAGCUGGAGGUACAGUGACAGGUUACCAGUUCCAUAAACAGAGAACUUGUGUUCAUGAUGAUGUGGUGACACAAAGCCUGACUGCUAGUGCCAAAGCUCUGUGUCAUCAGCAUCAGUGGCAGACUGUGUUGGACACAGCAACUGUGAUGGACACAAUUGUAAUGGACACAGCAACUGAUGUGACAACGUAGGGGAGAGGGUCACUGCACGUCAGCAACGCCGACUCUCGGUGCGGCAACCCCGUGGCCUACUGGCACACCAGCUACCAGUCAUGUCUGCCAAUCUCUAUAGAGGAAGACCACCUCAUCGACACAGUGCAGAUGGUGCCUGAAGUGUUACAAUUAGUCCAUGGAACUCUUAUCUAUUAACAGGUUAUGUGUGUGGCAAAAUGGCAUCACUGCUGCUACUAUAAAACUAAUCAUCUGCAUUGUUUGCUCUUACUUUGUCAGGCAAUGAACUGUGAUGUCUUUGGUAAGAUGGUCAAACCUUUUACAUUUUUAUGUAACUUACAUCAACAAUGCUACAGC